AUGGCUAAGGAUUUGCACAAGAGAGAAACUUUGCUUCCGUCAAAGUUGCUUACCUACAAGGAUGUUCUCUGCCAGAACAAAAAUAUAAGUCACCAUGUCUCAAGAUCUGAAUCUUCUUUGAGUGGCUUUGGGUCAUGGGAAACAUCUUCUUCGGGUUUGAGUACGCCUCUUGGGUCGGAGCUUGGCUCAGCAACUGAUCAGACAGAGAGUGAUGAGGACAAUUUCAUAGCUGAGUUGACUCGUCAGAUGGCUGACUACAUGCUUCAAGAAGAAGACGAAGAUGAUGAUGAUAAUAAGAACGCCACACCAAAUUUUGUCUUCGAGAAGUCUAAGUCUGAUUGCAACUCGCCCUCCGAACACCAAGAAGAUCAAUCAGUAACGCCCACUCCAAUCCCUGCGCAUGUACAAAAGCUUAGUACUGGGUUUUACUAUAACCCAGCUUUGGCUGACGAUCAGACAAUACCCAAAGAAGUUUAUCAGCUGGAAAAUCAGCCGUUUGUGGAACACCAAGGUUCUCUUUGUUGGGGAAGACGAACCAAGAUAACAGAAUCAAGUCAGCAACUUGGGUCUGAACAACAUCUGCAGCAUAAAGAACACCAUCACCAUAAGCAAAACAAAGGGCUUUGCCAUGGUGGAAGGGUUCGUUCUUUUGGUUCAUUACAAGUUGGGUCGGGUAUGACCGCUAUUUUCCUUGGAGGACCCGGCUUCAAAAGUGGGUCCUGUGGGACCGGCGUUUUCCUGCCACGUGUAACCAAUAAUGCAACUAAUCUGCCCCGAAAAAAAUCAGGUUGUCCAACUGUUCUCAUACCUGCUAGGGUAUUACAGGCUCUACAAUGCCAUUUCAACAAUAUGGAUGCUAUGGCACCAUCCAAAAACUGUAGCGGUCCUGACCAUUCCCCAUCGCAACAUGCUUGUGAAGAGGCAAUGGGUCGAACAGGUGGUGUGCAUACUCAACGAAAGCGUCAAACUCAGCCCGAAAAGCAGUCGGCACCGAACCAUCAGGAGAUGCAACUCCCUCCAGAAUGGACGUACUGA